AUGAAGCGCCAGCAACCUGACAGAAACAACUCGGAGGCAGCGUGCCAAAAGCAGCGGCGACUGGAGGAGAACCCGGACGUUAAAGGAACGGGUUGCUGCUGCUCCUCUGAGGAAGCGGCUGCACUGUUGCAACCGCACAUGCAGGAUCUUGACGGCAUUCAAGCUGAACUGCAAAAGCUCGAAGAGGAGUGCGCGAAGCAACAGAUGGUUGUCCAGAAAGAGUUCGACGAGAAGAAGAAGCCCGUUCUCGUGAAGCGCCAAGAAAUCAUCGACAAGAUCCCCGGCUUUUGGUGCCGAUGCCUGCGGAACCAUCCUCAACUUGCGUACCUUGUCGAAGAGGACAUUCCCGUUCUCGAACAUUUGAAGCGGAUUGAUCUGGAUGACAACAUUGACGAGCACGGCUCGUACAAAAUUAAGUUCACUUUCGACGAAGGCGCGAAAGCGUAUAUGGAGCCUUUGGUUUUGGAGAAGCACGUGCAGUUCCACAACGACCCGUGCUCCGAGGAGGUUGUGAGCGUGACAGAGAUCACCUGGAAAGAAGGCAAGUCGCCCGUAGCGGCCGCAGAGGCGAAACGGGCGGGUGAUGCGGAGGAUGACAUUGAUGUGGUCUCCUUCUUUGAGUGGUUCACAAAGAAACCAAGCGAGGCGGCCGCUCGCCUGGAGGUAGGCGAAAUCAUCCGCCGGGAAAUCUGGCAUGCGCCGGUGCCCUACUUCCUCGAUGAGGUGGCCGACAUUGACGAAGAUGACGACGAGGAGUUGAGUGAUGACGAAGAUGAAGAAGACGGAAGCGAAAACGCCAACGAGGGAGACGGCGACGAAGACGACGAAGGAGAUGAAUAG